AUGGCAGCCGAAAAUGAAAAAUUGGAACAGGCUGAUUCUCCUUUUCCAACCUUGAACGAUUUAGUUUUCGAAAAGAAGAAAAAGGUCGUUCUUUUGUUAAGCCAGGGACUGCUCAAAUGCGGUUGUCCUUGCCACCGAGUGGAAGAUACACUCCAGCACACGGCAAGCAGCCUUGGCAUCAAUGCGUCUUUUUCAUUUUUGCCAGAUUCGGUGCUGAUUACUUUUAGUCAUCCUGAAGAUGACAGUGACACUCAAUCUGUCAUGGUCAAAUCACCCCAAAGUUAUGAUACCGGGAAAAUCGGGCAAAUCAAUCGUACGAUGAACUCGCUUCACAAGGACGAGAUGGAUAUUGACACAUGUAUCACACGGCUAAGCGAGAUCAUGGCCGCUCCACCGACCUGCGGCUUCAUUGCGACGUGCCUCGCCUUUUCACUGAGUGCCUUUUCAGCGUCGGCCCUUUUAUUUAGUGGGUCAUGGAUGGAUGCCGGUGUGAGUGGGGCUUUGGGGUUGAUCGUUGCUUUAUUAUUUAUUCUUUCCAAUCAUUACCCGAUUUACGGUCGCGUGUUUGAAGUGUCGUCUUCCGUCAUUGUCGCUCUGAUUGCGCGGGCAUUACAUCGGUAUUGCUGUUUCACCAGCGUCGCCGUUUCGGCUAUCCUCAUUCUUCUUCCAGGAUAUGCCAUGACUAUGGCCGUGGUGGAAUUAUCUGCUCGCCAUGUGACCACGGGUACGAUUCGAUUGGUGUAUUCCAUUGUGUAUGCUUUUGUGCUGGCUUACGGUCUCCAAGUCGGCAGUAGUGUGUACAGUGCGAUCGAUCCCAGCGUGUCCGAUCAGGAUACCUGUGCUAAUGCUGUGUCACCUUGGUUUUAUAUUCCGCUGUUUCCUCUUUUGAGUAUUUCCAUUGCCCUGUCAUUUGGUUCCUCGCACAAACAAUGGCCCACACAGACCUUUUGCGCGGCCAUUGGUUUUUGUCUCUCAUAUUUUUUGGGUCACAUUAUCCCGGACAGUCAAGUUGUCGGUAGCUUGGCCUCCUUUGCCGUUGGUUUGUAUGCCAAUUUCGCGCUCAAGAUCACCGGUGAAGCACCACUCGUGCCUUUAUGCGUUGGCGUCACGUUACUUGUGCCCGGGAGUAUAGGUGUCCGUGGAGCGUAUGCGCUUUUACAUCAAGAUGAUCUUGGUCACAGUCUAUUUCCUUUGCAAAUGCUGACAAUUGCUUUGGGUCUAUCGACGGGACUAUUCGCUGCGGCCAUGAUCGUUUAUCCAUCCGGUAAAAAACGCUCACUGUACAUUUCCUUUUAA